AUGGCAGGCGGCCUCGUGAAAUAUCGCCACCUCUCCCGCGACAGCGCCCACCGAAGGGCUCUCCUCCGCAACCUCGUCACGUCUCUCAUCCAACACGAAUCGAUCACCACGACAUGGCACAAAGCGAAAGAGGCACAGCGGCUGGCAGAGAAACUGAUAACACUGGGGAAGCGGAAUACAGAAGCGGCAAGGAGGGGUGCGCAGGCCAUUUUCUUCCAACCACACCUCCACAUCCCCAAACUCUUCGGUCCCCUUCGCGAACGCUACGCAAACCGACCAGGCGGCUACACUCGCGUCCUGCGCAUCGAGCCCAUCAAAGAGGACCAAGCCGAAUCCGCCAUUCUCGAACUCGUCGACGGACCUAAGGAUAUGCGGAUGGCGAUGACGGCGAAGAGCAUCGCGAAUGCACGCGCGAAAGCAGAGGAAGAGGGAAGGGAUUUCAGGGUUAAUGAUAUGACGGCACAUAAUGUUAAGAAGGUCACACGGUUUAGGGAGGGAGGUGAGAGGGAUCUGGAAGAAAUGGUGGAGAGGUUUGAGAGGUUACGGGCGGAAGGCGAUGAGGGUGUGGACGAGGUGAAGAAGAGGAGGGUCUAUCACGAGAAUCCGAGGAGUAGGUGA